AUGCUGACCCGCCGCCCCUUCUCGCCACGGUCCGCCUCGGCUUCGGCGUCGUCGCUGGCUUCCCCGCGCACGCCAUCCGAGGCCGCCCGUAGGCCGGCGGCCCUGCGAGAGGCGAGUUCCGGAUCAGGAUCCCGAUCUUUGGGCUCAGGCAGCCGGCCGCUGUCGGACAGCCUCCGGAGCUUCUCCGGAUGA